CAAUGCACCGCUCUGUUAUUGUUACUAUUGUGUCCAAUAUGGCUGCUGCUGGCUGCGUCUUCCACAGAACCCUGGCCCGAUCCAGACUCGACCCGUCCAAGGCGUCCUCGUCCUCGUCCUCGUCCUGUGUCUGCAGGGACCUUCUCUACGUCGUGGACCUGCAUCGCUACAGCAGAGACCAGGGCUCGUCCGUUUACUUCCCCCAGUCCGUUCUCAGCGGUGACGACCUGUAUGACGUCACCGUGACGGACGGGGACUGCAGGCUUCGGGUGACGCUGGAUCCAGGUUUGAACAAGCUGGUGGAGCGGAACGUGCUUGCGCCCGGAUCGACGCUACGUAACGCCACCUUCACCCCCGCCUUGUCUGCUCAGCUCCCAGCAUGCACUGGGGCCUCCGACAGCUACAGGCUGGUGAGCAUGGAGGUUGUAGCUGAUGGGGUCAGGAGGGAGGACGUGGACGUUCUGCCCUGGUUUAGAUCCUCUCAACCUACAGGUACCGGAGGAGGUCCUCUGCGGGCCAACCGGAGCGUGUUCCUCCCUCUGUGGAACAACGUGGACUACAGCGGGGACGGGUGGAGGGGAGCCCCACCUGCUGAGGAAGAGGAGGACGAAGAUACACAAGAGGCUGGUCAAGGACUCCGUCCUGCCGUCACCGUGUCUGAGCUGCGUGACUCCUUCCUGUCCGGUCGUCGGCCUGUGGCCAGGGGCUUUGUCCAACAUCAGCUGAUCGUACGCAUCAUCAGCAAGUCCCACUUGAUGUAUUAUGGAAGAACAGAGCAGAACUGUGAGUGUCCCUAUAAGGCGGUGCUGGAGGUGUGUGACCAAACAGGAAGUGUGUGUGUGGUGCUGUGGAACAGUGUUUGUGUGGACUGGUAUCGUUGCCUGAAGCCAGGCGACAUCAUCGGUCUGAGGCGCUACCGGGUCAAACCUCACUACCAGGCUGAGCGGGGCGCCAUAGAGAUCAGUGUGAACAGUAGAAACCCGGCUGCACAGAUAUCUGUAGUCCCAGAGUCCUCGCUUUCCCCUGAGUAUCUUCCUCCUGCACCAACCUACAGCUUCUACACAAGGUCUGUCCUCACCAGUAAGCAGCUGCUGGAGCGUCCUCACGGGUCUGAGUGUGAUGUUAUUGGCCUGAUCAUGUUCUCAGGACGAUCGGAGCGAAUCAGGAACAAAGCUGGAGGGGCGGAGCUUCUGGAGUAUCACUGGUUGUCGUUGGAGGACGGGACCAGUGAUCAGCCGAUCAGGGUGAAACUCUUCUCCACGUCUCAGCCUGAAACCCACAGCAAGCUCCACCCACUGUCAGUGGUUGUUUGUACCAGGCUCAGGUGUAUCAGAGAUGCAGAUCGGACAAACGUGGGCUUCUACCUGACCAACACCUCGUACACACAGGUGUACUGCACAGGACUCGGCCACCACUCAGAGAUGAGUUACCGAAAGCUCCGACCAGUGCGGCAGUUUCUCCAGUGGCUCCGCAGCCAGGAUGAUGGACAGGUGCUGAGCAGGGCUCUGAUUGGAGGAUUCUUCAUCCACCCGCCUCCUGCCUUCUGCUUGGAAAACUACAUGAAGGACAGGAGAGGGGAGCCAGGUUUCCUACGAGGGGUGGAGCUUCAGAGGGAGCUGGAGAGGCUCUGCUACAGAGAACGGCAGACCUUCUGCAUCCAGGCAACAGUUGCCAUGGUGACAUACUGCCGCAGAGGAGAGGAGGAUCGAUCUAUGUUCUGGUCAGACCGAGCUUCGUCUCUGCCCUCUCCCUCCUCAUCCUCCCUUCGUCCGUCUCCCAUUCUCUCUUUUCCCAGCACCCCCUCUCUCACCUCCACCCCUCGCUCAUUCAGGUCUUCCUCCCCGUCCUCAUCCAUUCACCAGCUGACGCCUCUGCCCCGUGGAGCAGGCAGGACGUCACGUAAGAGGAAGCAGCAGUUGCAGGAGCAAACACCUAAAAGGAGACAGGAAGGUCCCGUCAGGCUUCAUGAGCAGCGUCAUCAUGAAGAUGGGACCUCUGUAGGUGGAAGCGCAGUGACCCUGCUCUCUCUGUGCAGACUCCCGAGGUUCAGGCUGCAGCCGGAGCAGAACACCCAGACAGUGAUUCUGUUCGAAGCCUCCAGGGAGUUUCUAGACAACACCAACGCUGACGAAGACAAGGACAGCACUGAUGAAGACGCUGCGUCCUUCGUUAUCUCCCCCCUCCCCCCUGACUUUACACCCAUCGCACUGGAGACGCUACCUAUGCGAUUUGACUACACGCACAGAGAGGAGCAGGCGGUCGCCGUGGCGAUGGGAGGCAGAGUGACAGCUGAGCGGCAGGACUGGGCCCUGGAGGACUACUACACACUGCGACUGAGAGCGCUGUCAGACAGUCUGAUGGUCGACGCCGUCUUCCUCCCUCAUGCCUCGACUUCACCCCUCCUCCCUCACUCCAACACCUGGAUCUCCAUCCUAUCCCACGGAGCCUUCUCCUCACACGCACCUCCACCCUCACCGGCUGACCUUAUCGCCAUGGCGACCCAGUUGACCAAUCAGAGGCUGGUGUGUGUCCUGGAGGCCUGUCACCUGGGCGGGGCCAGAACCGAGCUUAUCCUGAGCAGAGCCUUUCACCUGACUGACUGACACUGGAUGUGAGGACAGACCCAGGGUCAGCUUCAGAACUAUCUGUCGCCUCCCAGCCCUGGGACCAAUCAGAACACGGCUGGUGAGAUGGACCACUGCGGUACCAGAACCACCUUCCCUUACUGAGUCCAGACUAGCAGCUGAUGAGGGGGCUGGCUGAUGGUGUGAUCAUCUCUCAGUCCAGCGGGAGUCAAUUCUGCCACUGACUCUGGCCUGGAUCAAGGGCAGCGUUUAACCGAUGUGAAGUCGUCUCACAGUUAUUAAUAUUUAAAAUUAUUUAAAUUAAACUACAUGUAAUGAUGCACUUUGUCCCAAGUUGGGAGUUGUAUUUUUUUAACUCAUUUGUUUAUUUUGUACCAGAUGUUGUGUUUGGUUCCAUGUGCAGCUUUACUUCUGUUAAAUGAGAGCUGACACACAUCAUGUGACUGAGUUCCUUUAUGAGGCUGAAGUUUUUGUCUGUUUACGUUAAAAUGUGUUUGUGAGUAAAGAAAUUUGAAGGAUUUAAACAA